UAGCGACCAAAUCUGCCCACAGACGAAUUCUCUCCAAGGCGGUGCGGUCAAUGGGGCUGCAUCAUGCAACCCCAGUUGCAAGCUUGCAAAGUGAGACUAGAACUGGCGUCAUCACCUUUCGACCUCGUCGAGCUGCCAACUGUACGAGCCUUUUGGGUCUCUCACAUGGGGUUUGAUACAAGCAUAGAGCAUUCCUAACUUUCCUCAACCUCCUACGUUAGGCAUACAGUCGACAGCGAGCAAGAUUUGAAAGACUCAUCGAGCCUUUCGCGAUCGACAUUGCCCAACAUGUCCAGCGCCGACGAUAUGCUCAGAGCGGCCGACAAGAAGGCCAGCUCCUCAGGCGGUUGGUUCAGCAACGCGCAGUCGAAGCUCGAAGAAGCCGCCGAGCUGUACAAGGGAGCAGGAAACAAGUUCCGGCUUGACAAUCGAUUCGAGGAUGCAGGCCAUGCUUUUAUGAAAGCUGCGGAAACAGAGAUCAAGAACAACGAGACCGACUAUGCCGCGAACACGUACUUUGAAGCGAGCAAGUGCUUCAAGAUGGUCCGGCCUGAGCUCGCGGUCGUAGCAUUGGAACGGACAGUACAGCUACUGGUUGAAAAGGGACGCUUCAGACAGGCAGCAGAUCGUCAAAAGUCCAUCGCCGAGCUGCUCAAGUCAGAUGCGCAAGACCCGGAAAAGGCGCUUACAGCAUACAUAAAAGCAGCAGAGUGGUACGUUCAAGAAGGUGCAGCGGCCACGGGAUCGGGAUGCUAUCGGGAAGCUGCGCAGCUCGCGUGCGAGCUCAAGCGAUAUCCAGAUGCCAUCGAAUUCUGGGAAAAGGUCGCAGCUAUGAGCCUUGAAUCCAACUUGACAAGGUACAGCGUCAAAGACUACUAUCUAAAUGCAGGCAUGUGUUACCUUGCCAUCCCAGAUUACGUUGCAUGCGGCAAAGCGAUGGGCUACUACGCGCAGCAGGAUUCUAGCUUCCCGCCGACCAUGGAGGGUCGCUUCCUUAAUAGCCUGCUGGAGGCGUGUGAAGCCGGUGACCUGCCCGGCCUGGACCAGGUCAUCCAAGACUUCGACCGCACCAAGAGGGUCCAGGGCUGGCAAGCGAGUCUUUUGAGAGGUGUACGAAAAGGUAUGCAGGAAGAACCGGAUCUUUCUUAGAGCGCUGCAUCGCGCAGCAGGGACAACCGUUCCUUUCAUAUUAUAGGGACAAUACAAUGCGUGCGAGCGAG